AUGGAUGACAAUGGAGAUAUCACUCGAUCUUCAACCCUAUUUCCAUCAAACACUUCAGAGAAAACCCAAAAAGCCAUUCAAGCUAAAGUUACUGAAAUCGUCAUCAUGGUCCCUUCUUUGGCUAAUGGUAACAAUGUUGAUCAUGAAAGCACCCCACAGGUGGUAGAGGAAUGGUUUCAUGAACACAUUGAGUAUCCUGCAAAACCAAAGAUCACCAAACUCCAUUUCUUUGUCCAUGAUAAUGUUACAGCCGAUCAUCCGACUUCUCUUCUUAUUGCCCCAGCCAACACCAACAAUAUAGCAUCAAUAUCUUUUGGAUCAACCUAUGCUAUGGAUGCUCCGAUAACUACUGAUUCAGAUCCUAACUCCAAAUUCAUUGGUCGAGCUCAGGGAGAUUACAAGGGAAUUUCUCUAUGCGUUCUUGGAAACAAUCCAAUAUCUCAUGAGUAUAGAGAAAUGCCGAUAUUGGGAGGUACGGGAGUUUUUCGCCUGGCUAGUGGAAUUGCAACCGUAAAUACCGUGAUCGUUGAUAUUGCGAAACUCAACGAUAUUCUGGAGUGCCAUGUUGUCAUCCAACAUUAUUGA